AUGGGGGGCAUCGUAAUAAGGCUAUAUAUGGGGGAUGAAGAAGUGCACCAUAACAUCACAACUCGAGAAGCCCAUUUAGGAAUACAAAAGAAAAUGGCAAGAUCAGUAGGAGCCUCAAUGGCUUCUUUGAUCACCAUCUUUUUAGUGAUUUUGAUAUCUCUUAGUUUCCCUUCUAAAACCAUAGCAAAUGUUUAUUUUUACGAUAAAGCACCAGCACCAACUCCAAUGUACAAGAAUGCAGCACCAGCUCCAACUCCAGUGUACUAUUAUGAAUCACCGGCUGAUUACAUAUACCAAGGUUCACCACCGCCUGCACCAGAAUAUGAAUCACCACCAGAUUACAUAUACCAAGGAUCACCACCACCUGUGCCAGAGUAUGAAUCACCACCACCUACACCAGAGUAUUAUCAGCCUCCUACACCACCACCUGCGCCACUGUAUGAGCCUCCUACACCGGUGUACAAGCCUAAACCAGUGUAUAAGCCCCCAAUGCGCAGGCCUAAGCCUCCUGUUUACAAGCCAAAACCAGUCUAUAUGGUUCCAGUUUCUAACCGUCCCAAGUACAAGCCUCCAGUUUACAAGCCUACUCCACUUUACAAACCUCCGGUUUACAAGCCAAAACCAGUCUAUAUGGUUCCAGUUUCCAAGCGUCCCAAGUACAAGCCUCCAGUUUACAAGCCUACCCCACUUUACAAGCCUCCGGGAUACAAGCCUCCGGUUUACAAGCCUAAACCAGUGUAUAUGGUACCAGUUUCCAAGUCUCCAAAGUACAAGCCUCCGGUUUACAAGCCCACCCCACUUUAUAAGCCUCCAGGGUUCAAGCCUACCCCAACUUACAAGCUUAAGCCUCCGGUUUACAAGCCUACCCCACUCUACAAGCAUCCUGGUUUCAAGCCUACCCCAACUUACAAGCUUAAGCCUCCAUUUUACAAGCCUCCUGGGUACAAGCAUUAG